CCGUCGCGGAAGCUGACAGGUGGAUGGAGCGUGGUGGGGCAAAGGAGUUGAUGGUCUGUGUAUAUAUACUUUGCAUACGUAAGUUACUUAUUAAGAUGAAGUGGGCGACAUUUGUUUCAAGUUGAGCUGUUACCUUGAAUCGAUUGAGGAGGGGAUGAAAGUUGCAACGUGAGCGGGGCUGUGGACGGCGUGGAGCGGCUCGGCCCCGCUGGGAGCGGUCGGAGCUCGGAGAGGAGAGGAGACUCCCUCCCACAGAUUUGCCGGCUUCCUGUCCCCUCCCGUGAAGUCUCCCCCACUUUCCGCGCUGCUGCGGGCUCUCCCGGGCGGGCAUGGCUUUCGCCAACUUCAAGAGGAUCUUGAGGCUUUCCACCUUCGAGAAGAAGAAAUGCAAGCAGUACGAGCACGUCCGUCGGGACUGCAACCCCGAGGAAAUCUGGGAGCUGAUCGGGGAGUUGGGCGAUGGCGCCUUCGGCAAGGUUUAUAAGGCCAAAAACAAAGAGACUGGAAUUUUAGCUGCUGCAAAAGUUAUCGAGGUCAAGAGUGAAGAAGAACUUGAAGACUACAUGGUGGAAAUUGAGAUUCUGGCUUCAUGCAAUCAUAUUUACAUUGUUAAACAACUGGAUGCUUUCUUUUAUGAGAAUAAGUUAUGGAUUAUGAUCGAAUUCUGUCCUGGAGGUGCAGUGGAUGCCACAAUGUUGGAAUUGGAUCGUGGGCUGACCGAACCACAGAUCCGUGUUGUAGCUCGACAGAUGCUGGAAGCUGUAGACUACCUUCACAGCCAGAAAAUCAUUCAUCGGGACUUAAAGGCUGGGAAUGUUCUGCUCACUCAAGAUGGCAAUAUUAAGCUAGCGGAUUUUGGUGUUUCAGCAAAAAACACAAAAACACUGCAAAAGAGAGAAACGUUCAUUGGAACACCCUAUUGGAUGGCUCCAGAAGUGGUGAUGUGUGAGACUAUGAAGGAUACUCCAUAUGAUUACAAAUCUGACAUCUGGUCCUUGGGUAUAACCUUGAUUGAAAUGGCACAGAUAGAGCCACCUCAUCAUGAGUUAAAUCCAAUGAGAGUUUUGCUGAAAAUUGCCAAGGGAGAUCCUCCAACACUGGAAAAUCCAUCAAAAUGGUCUGCAGAUUUUAAAGAUUUUCUCAAGAAAGCACUGGAUAAGAAUCCAGAUACCCGUCUCAGUGCUGCGCAGCUAUUGCAGCACCCUUUUGUGAGUGGUGUCAGUACUAAUAAGCCACUCAGGGAAUUAGUGGCAGAAGCAAAAGCUGAAGUGAUGGAGGAAAUAGAAGACAAUAGAGAGGAAGCAGAAGACGAUGAUUCAUCAGAACCCAUAUCACCCCUUCCAGGUCAUGCACGUGGUCCUUCUGAAUUGAGCCAAAUUAGUCUGGAAACAGAAACCCUUCCCAAGAUCUCAGAAGUCAAUGGUGCUGAUCCUAAAGUUAUAAAGCCUGAUAAAUCCACUGAAGGGCAAUUGGAUGAAGGCACAUGCAGCAGUGAUAGUGACAAAGCAGAAAGUGAGAACUCAGUGAAGACCAUCAGUAUUGACUCUGGAACUGAUGAUGUAAAGCCCAGUCCAUCUACUGAAGACAAAUCUAAAGUGGACCUGCAAAUUAUUGAUGGAAAAAUGGAAAGUAUAAAUACUUCUGUACAAGUUUCUGAAGAGAAGGUAUUGGGGCAGAAUUCUACUGAACAAAAGCAACCAAAUUUGGUGGUGAAUUCUGAGUCUGUCCAGUCUACGGAUAUGCAGAUCCCUGAGGAUACUGCUGUUUCAAAGAAUGAAGACAAGUCUGAUAAUCAAGUCACUCUGGCUCCAGAUACAUUGACUCCUAAUGGAGUUGUAGACUCUCCUGAGAGAAUUUCAAAGAGAGAUUCUUCGGGUAGUGUAUCUGCUUCUGACAGCAUGGACUUCAGUGUUUCCAUUUCAGGUGAUCUAUCUUUAAACAAGGAGAGUGGUUCUCUAUCCAUACGGGGUAAUAAAACUAACAACAAAACUCUGAAGCGAACUAGAAGAUUUGUUGUAGAUGGGGUGGAAGUAAGUGUUACCACAUCAAAGAUUAUUGGUGAGGAUGAGAAGAAAACAGAAGAAAUGCGAUUCCUAAGGAGACAGGAGUUACGAGAGUUGCGAUUACUUCAGAAGGAGGAACAUCGGGCUCAAACUCAACUUAAUUUGAAGCUACAGCAGCAGUUUGAACAAAUGCUUCGCCGCUUUGAACAAGAGAUGAAUGCAAAGAAAAAGUUCUUCGACACAGAAUUGGAGAAUUUGGAAAGACAACAGAAACAACAAAUUGAGAAAAUGGAACAAGACCACACAAACCGGCUGCGUGACGAGGCCAAACGAAUCAAAGCUGAGCAAGAGGGGGAAUAUGCCAAAUUUGUGGAUCAAUUGAAAGCCAAGAAGAAAGAGGUAAAGAGUGAGGUUGAAAACCUUCCCAGAAACCAACGCAGAGACAGCAUGAAACAAAAAAUGGGAGAAUUUGCACAGAAGAAAAAAACACAGGAGCAGAAUUUUCAAUCAAAACAGCACCAAGAGCUAGAUAUGGCGCUGAAAAAAAUAAUCGCACAGAAUAAGAAGGAGAUUUCUGACCAAGAAAGGGACUGUCUUGCAAAGAAACAACAGCUUAUGAGAGACAGGGAGGCUGCCAUCUGGGAGCUGGAAGAGCACCACCUGCAGGAGAAACAUCAGUUCCUCAAGCAACAGUUAAGGGAUCAAUACUCCCUGCAAAGGCAUCAGUUAUCGAAGAAACACGAGAAGGAGUUGGAGCAGAUGCAGCGUUAUAAUCAGCGGAUGAUUGAACAACUGAAGAUCAGGCAGCAACAGGAAAAGAACAGACUUCCCAAAAUUCAAAGAAGUGAGGGGAAGACGAGAAUGGUGAUGUACAAGAAGAGUUUGCGUAUUAACUCUACAGGGAGUCAUACAGAAGACAGAGAGAAAAUUAAGCAGUUUGCACUUCAAGAAGAAAAGAGACAAAAGAUGGAAAAGCACAAUCAGCAAAUAAAACAUGAGACCCAAAUGAGAGACAUGCAACAAACAUGUGAGAAUAACAUCUAUGAGCUCCAACAGCUGCAGAGUGAAAAGUGCCAUCUUCUGACUGAACAUGAAACCCAGAAGUUAAAAGCACUUGAUGAAAAUCACAAUCUACAGCUUAAAGAAUGGCAAGAGAAACUGAGGCCAAGAAAAAAGGCUUUGGAGGAAGAAUUGACCCAGAAGAAAAAGGAUCAAGAGAUCUUCUUUAAAAUUAGUGAACAAGCAGAUUGUCAGAGUCCAAGUUCACCAAACAAGGUUGCCAAAUUUUUCCCUUUUUCUUCAGAGCCAUCCUAAGGAAGUUCAGGACCCAUUAUUUCUUCAUGAACUCAGGAGUACAGAUAUAUGAACAAGUCUUUAAUUUAUAUUUUCUAAACUUAUAUUAAUGUUUUCUGACUUGGGAAAAAGUGCUAUAUUUACUACUGAAUAUGAACUGCUGAAUGUUACUGUAUUCAUUUGCAAAUCUUGCUCUGAAUAAAAAGUCUAUUCUUUAGAUGUAUAGAAGUGCUCCUUAGUUGACGGAGGAUAUUUUUGUGCCUAUAUUCUUUGCUUGUUCUUCAGAGCUUUCUUUUCUAUACACGACUCAUAAUGCAAGAUUAUAAAUCAUUUUUUUCAAGGUGUUUAGUUUGUACACCGAAAACAAUUUUUACUAAAUACUCUUGAUACCUGAUUAGCUAAUGAAAAACUGGGUUCAGACAAAAAGGUUUUAUUUUAAGUGAAUGUGAAGUUUAAAAAAUACAAUAAAGGUUGAUCUGCUUCA